CUUCACGGGACACCUGUCAUUAGGAGCCGGAUAUAAACAAACAUAAACAAACUGUUUCUAAAGAAUUUAUCAUCUAAUUUAAUCUCUUUUGCACAGAAGGAUGGCUAGUAACGAUGUGAAUUGUGUGUUCAAGUCCGACUCUCUCAAGAAGAUGGUCUACCCUCGUGUGUUCUCCAGCCCUGUUGUACAUGAGAAUAACAUUUAUGUAGUUGGUGGGUGUGAUCAGAUGGGUCAGCCUGUCGACAGCUUUGAAAUGUACGACAUCACAAAGAAAAAAUGGACCACUUUACAAAAUAUGCCAACAAAGAGGGCAGCACCUGCUGUUGGGGUGGUUGGAGACAAGAUAGUGGCUGUGGGAGGUGUUGGAGAUUGUCAGCAACCUGUAGAUGCUAUAGAAAUGUACAGUAUAAAAGAUAAAAAGUGGGAGAAAAUGGACAACCUUCCUAGUGGACUUCUAGGCCUUUCAUCAGUCUUGAAAGAUGACAAGGUUCUGGUAAUGGGAGGUAUGGGUGUUGACACAAAUCCGAAUGAUAGUUUCAUGAUGAUAGAUCUGGAUGAAAAUAAAUGGAAGGGACUAAAACCUAUGCCUACUGCCAGAUAUGCUACAUUCUCUUUCAUCAUCAAUGACAAACUAUAUGUUAUUGGUGGAAGAGUGGGAAAAUUACCUUGUCUCGCAUUUGAGGUGUAUGAUUUUUCGGAGGAUUCAUGGUGUAAGUUACCUGACGUGCCGUCAAAACGUGUGUUUGCAAUGUACGCGGCAACAGAUAAGUACAUCUUCAGCAUCGGAGGUUUGAUACAACCAGGAAAGAAAGGUUUCUCAAAUGUUUGUGAAGUCUUUGACCUGGAAAAGGAGGAAUGGAAGAUUGGUAAAAACUUGAGCUCCCCUCGUGGCGACUUUGCUAUCGGUGUAAUAGAGGACAAGGUUAUUUGUGCCGGAGGAUUAGGUAAUGAUGGAAAACCUUUUGACACAGUGGAAAUUUAUAAUCCAGAGACGGACACGUGGUCAUUUGGUAAAAACAUGUCAUUGUCACAUUGUUCUUGCGCGUACAUAACACACCACGGGAAAUUAUAUGUGAUCGGGGGUCUCUCAGCUCAAGGUCCAACAAACUGUGUGGAAUGUAUAAGUUAUGGGCCUUUAGACGAUGAUAGCAAAAGCAGGAAGACACAACCUGCUCGGGGAAAAAAUAAAAAGCAAUCUUAGUCAUUUUUAUAUUAAGUAGAUUUUUUUUUAAAUUUGAUAUUGUAUAGUGUAAAAGUUCUGCAGCACACCCUGCUCCACACAGCAUUGCCCAUUCAGUGAGAAUAGAAAUAUUUUAAAUUUCCCAUCUGGUUUAGAAAAAUGAACAAUUUUGUAUUGAAUAACCUAAGUAAAAUUGUUUUUACAAAAAUUGUAUUUUUACCCCACAGCCACUUGGACAGUGAUAGACUAUCAGUGAUAGUUGGCUAAAUCACUGCUCUUCAAUCCAAAAUAUUUCUAAAAAAAAGUUUGUAAGUGAUAAAAAAAUAUAUUUUGAUUAUAGUUAGAAGGAAUUCAGUAGUCUCAGAGAAAAUCAUGUAAGUUGGAAAUUUAUUGCAAUAUUGAAAGCAUUUUGAAUUAAUUUUGGAUUAACUUCUUGAGAUACAUAGUUACUACAUACAUAUAAUUUUUGGAAAUUACUUAUUCUUUACAAAACCCCUGUAAACGGCGCAUGGGUGGAUACCUGAUUACUUUAAUACUUGGAUUAUAAACAUGUUUAUACAGUAUGUUUUCUUUGCACACAUUUACAUUUUGAUAUUUGUUAAGGUGACAACAG